CUCGCCGUCGGCGCACACACCAUGAGGAAGAAAGACAAGAAGUCCUUCAACCAGAGCCUGGCCGAGUGGAAGCUCUUCAUCUACAACCCGAACACCGGAGAGUUCCUGGGGCGCACCGCCAAGAGCUGGGGUUUGAUCUUGCUCUUCUACCAAGUCUUUUAUGGGUUCCUGGCUGCACUCUUCACAUUCACAAUGUGGGCUAUGCUUCAGACUCUGAACGAUGAGGUUCCAAAAUAUCGUGACCAGAUUUCUAGUCCAGGACUUACGGUUUUUCCAAAACCAGUGACUGCAUUGGAAUAUUCAUUCAGUAUAUCUAAUCCAGAGUCCUAUAAAGGGUACAUUGAAGACCUUAAGAGGUUUCUAAAGCCAUAUGAUUCAGAAGAACAGAAGAAUCUCACAGUCUGUCACAGUGGACAACUUUUUGAACAGAAGGGUCCAAUUUAUGUUGCAUGUCAGUUUCCUAUUGACUUACUUCAAGCUUGCAGUGGUGUGAAUGAUCCUGAGUUUGGCUACUCUAAAGGACACCCUUGUAUUCUUGUGAAAAUGAACAGAAUAAUUGGAUUAAGGCCUCUAGGUGAACCAAGGAUACAGUGCACUGGUGCUGUAAAGGGUGGAAAUAUAACUCUAUCAACUUAUCCUCCCAAUGGAAGUAUAGACUUAAAAUAUUUUCCAUAUUAUGGGAAAAAACUGCAUGUGAGGUAUCUACAGCCAUUAGUUGCUGUCCAGAUCGGCAUUGGUGCUAGUCCCACAAAAGAAAUAACAGUUGAGUGCAAGAUUGAAGGGUCACCCAACCUAAAAAACCAUGAUGAUCGUGACAAGUUUUUAGGACGAGUUGUGUUUAAAAUCACAAUGCAUGCAUAGUAGGAGUUAGGAUAUCCAGGAUAUCUCCACAGAGUAAAUGUUGUGUUGUCUGUCUUCAUUUUGUAUCAGCUGGACCUGACAUUCUAGAAUUAUGAGACCACCUUAGAGAAAGGUGGGGUGGUACAUGACACUAGGGUAACAUCAUAAUGUGCUUCCAGAUCACAGUGUUCAAUGUCCUCUGAAGUAACUGCCUGUUGCCUCUGCUGCCUUUUGGAACCAUUGUACAGUCGCCAGACAGGGACCAUGAACACCUGAUUCUGAACAUGUAGAAUGGGGGUCUUGUCCUUUUUUUAUGUGGUUUAAUUGCCAAGUGUCUAAGGCUUAAUGUGCUGUGCUGUGUAAAUAUUUUAUAGAUUUAACACUGGUUAACUGUCAUAUUUUGAUGCCAGCAAAGUUUUAGGGAUGAAAUGGUACCUGACCAACGAAAUGACUUUAUAGCUGAAAAAAAUGUGGUAUGUGGAGGUUCUGUAUGUGAGGAGGAAAAAAGAAAAUAAACAUGGAUUUGAAAGGUC